CGCCAACGCUCAGGCAGCGAGUCAGUCGGCUUCGGCGGACUACACCUUCAACUCAUGACCGGGCCCUGGGCCACCACCUGCGGACCUCACCUGAGCACGCGAGGAGCCGCGUGGGGAGGGGGUCCACGAGGAUGAUGAUGAUGAUGAUAAGGGGAAGUGGCGCUCUUUUAGGGCUUGUGCGCACUUUUCGAAGCCACAGGGAGGUGUGAGCUCGCCUGCGCCCACCACCACCACCACCACGACCACCACCACCACCACCAUGGACUGCUUGCUGCUCCUCAUUUGGGCUCUACUCACCCCGCCGGUGGGCUGUGCUCCGGCCAGGCUGCUGCUCACCUGGAGCUUCAUCAGGACUCUGCACAUUUGCUCCGCCCACUCAGUGUCAGCCAGCUCCAGCCAGGGUUUAAAUCAUGACUACGCCUUCGCCACCCCGGUGGAGGUGGACGCCCAGGGACGCUACCUGAGCCACGACUUGAGCUGGCGAGGAUCCCGCCGAAAGCGGUCCGCCUCGUCGUCCCUGCACUACCGCCUCUCAGUCUUCGGCCAGGACGUGCACCUGGACCUGGAGCCGUCCCCGGUGGUCGGGCCGGGCUUCACCGUGCAGACGCUGGGCUCGGACGGCAUCGCCACGCUAACGGGGGGCCAAGAGGUUCAGGGCUGCCUCUAUCAGGGAUUGAUCCGGAACCUGUCGUCGUCCUCGGCGGCCAUAUCCACGUGCUCGGGACUGUCAGGUCUGAUCCGCGUGUCCGAGCACGAGUACCUGAUCUCGCCUCUGCCUCGGCAUCUGGCCCAACGUCACAACUACACCGCUCCCGACGGUCACCGACCGCACGUUGUCUACAAACGCUCCGCCGAACACGUCGUCCACAACCCGACGGACGGCUCGUCCGGGCGGCACCACGACGACCCACAGGAAGACCCACACAGGCAACACUUCUGCGGGCGCCGCAAGCAAUACGCCCCAAAGCCUCCUGCCGACGACCGUUUCCUAAUGCCGGAUGAGUUCGCCGAACCGGACGCCGAGGGUCCCGGCAGGCCGAGGAGGUCGCCCAUCGACUCCAACAGGGUCGGGGGCCUCAACGUGGAGACCCUAGUGGUGGCGGACAAGAAGAUGCUGGAGAAACACGGCCGAGAAAACGUCACCACCUACGUCCUCACUGUCAUGAACAUGGUUUCCAGUCUUUUCAAAGACGGCACCAUCGGUACAGACAUCAACAUUGUGGUAGUUAGCUUGUUGCUACUGGAACAAGACCCUCAACUCUGUGCCCUCGUCUCGCAGCUGGGCCUGACCAUAAAUCACCACGCCGACCAGUCGCUCAACAGCUUCUGUCAGUGGCAGUCGGGCUUGGUGGGCAAAAGCGGGAAGCGGCACGACCACGCCGUCCUCCUCACCGGGCUGGACAUCUGCUCCUGGAAGAACGAGCCCUGCGACACCCUGGGUUUUGCUCCCAUCAGCGGCAUGUGCAGCAAAUACAGAAGCUGCACCAUCAACGAGGACACGGGACUGGGCUUGGCCUUCACCAUCGCCCACGAGUCCGGACACAAUUUCGGGAUGAUCCACGACGGCGAGGGGAACCCCUGUCGUAAAACCGAGGGCAACAUCAUGUCCCCGACUCUUGCGGGAAACAACGGGGUGUUCUCCUGGUCCACCUGCAGCCGGCAGUACCUCAGCCGCUUCCUGGGAACCACUCAGGCGUCCUGUCUGGUGGACGAGCCCAAGCAGAUCGGCCAGUACAAAUAUCCCGAGAAGCUUCCCGGGCAGCUCUAUGACGCCGACACGCAGUGCAAGUGGCAGUUUGGCGCCAAAGCCAAGUUGUGCAGCCUGGACUUUGUGAAGGACAUCUGCAAGUCGCUGUGGUGUCACCACACGGGCCACCGAUGUGAGACCAAGUUCAUGCCCGCCGCAGAGGGCACAAGCUGCGGGCCAGACAUGUGGUGUUGGCGCGGUCAGUGUGUCAAAUAUGGGGAGCACGGCCCCAAAGCCAUCCACGGCCAGUGGUCGGCCUGGUCCCAGUGGUCGGAAUGCUCCAGAACCUGCGGAGGCGGGGUCAUGUACCGAGAGCGCUCGUGCACCAGUCCCAGGCCGCAGUACAACGGUAAAUUCUGUUCGGGCUCCAGCCGCUUCAACCAGCUGUGUAACACCCGGCCGUGCCCGCACAACACGGUGGACUUCCGGACGCAGCAAUGCGGCGAGUACAACAGCAAGCCCUUCAGGGGCUGGUACUACAAGUGGAAGCCAUACACCAAAGUGGACGAUGAAGACAUCUGCAAGCUGUACUGCACCGCGGUGGACUUUGACUUCUUCUUCGCCAUGUCCAGCAAGGUCAAAGACGGCACCUCCUGCUCCGACCACAAGGGCGACGUCUGCAUCGACGGAGUGUGUGAGGCUGUCGGCUGCGAUCAGAUUUUAGGUUCCAAGGCCUCUCUGGAUGCGUGCGGCGUUUGCAAAGGGAGCAACUCCACGUGCAAAUUUCACAGGGGCCAGUACACCCUGCAGCACAGGGCUAACGAGUAUUACUCCAUGGUAACGAUCCCCGCCGGCGCUCGAAGCAUCCAUGUGGAAGAAAUGGAAGUCUCCACCAGCUACCUGGCGGUCCGUUCCCUGAAGCGGAAGUACUACCUGACCGGGGACUGGACGGUGGACUGGCCGGGGAAGUUCCACAUCGGAGGAGCCGUGUUCAGCUACCAACGCUCUUUCAACAAGCCGGAGAGCCUCCACGCCGCCGGGCCGACUAAUGAGACGCUGGUGUUUGAAAUCCUCCUGCAGGGCAGGAACCCCGGCGUGGUUUGGGAGUACACGCUGCCUCGCACCGAGAGGAAGCCGGACUACAGCUGGGGCGUGGUGCGCUCUGACUGUUCCGCUCCCUGUGCUGGAGGUCGCAUCUCCACCAAAGCUAUUUGUCUGCUGGACCAGAAAGUCCACGUCAACUCCACCAUGUGUAACCCACUCACCAGACCCACACUGGGAUCUCACCUCUGCAACACACAGCCCUGCCCUGCCUACUGGUGGACCGGAGGCUGGGGGUCUUGCAGUCGCUCGUGCGGAGGAGGCCAGCAGACCAGGACUCUGAGGUGCAUGAGGAAGGUGACCUACCAGAGGGAGGAGGUGGCCCCUCACUCCCUCUGCCCCGUCAUCUCUCCUGCUCAGGUGCAGCCCUGCAACACCCUGGCCUGCCCUCCGGACUGGAACACUGGAUCCUGGUCUCAGUGCUCCAAGACUUGCGGCCGCGGACUACGGAAGCGUAGCGUCUUCUGCCAAAGCGCCGACCCCGGGGCGGAGACGGCGGUGGUGCCGGAAAGCAUGUGCCGCCAGCACCAGCGACCCAAAGCCCAGGAGACCUGCGUCCUCCGACGCUGCCCCAAGAACGACAGGCUCCAGUGGGCACCCACUUCCUGGGGAGAGUGUUCCAGGUCCUGCGGUCCGGGCACCCAGAAGCGGGAGCUCCAUUGUGGGGAGAGAGACUUCCAGGGAGGAUUUGUGGAAUUCCCGGUGAGGAGGUGCAGGAACCUAGCCAAACCCUCGGUGGAACUCCAGCAGGUCUGCAACCGGGGUCCGUGCCCUGAGGUUCCUCGGGUCCUGGCGGGGGGAAGAACCGCCUCCAGUGCUGUGGUGUCGGGCUGGUACUAUUCCCCAUGGCAACAGUGCUCGGUGUCCUGUGGCGGGGGGGUCCAGACGCGCACCGUCCAGUGUCUGCGCCAGGGUGGUCCCGCGGCAGGCUGCCUCCCCCAACAGCGGCCCCUCACCUCCAGGGCGUGCAACACUCACUUCUGCCCGCCUGCCGCACCCGCGCCACCGUGGCAGCAACACCAGAACCGGGUCACAGCUGCCGGGUUGACUCCGAGAGUGGACCCCCCCUGCUCAGACCGCUUCAGCUGGUGCCACCUGGUCCCUCAGCACGGCGUGUGCGGACACAAGUUCUACGGGGAGCAGUGCUGCAGGUCCUGCACCGACAGGAGGUCCUAGAGCGGACCCCCCCUACCCCCCAGAGCCCCAGGCGGCGGGGAACUCUCAGAACACGUAGAACUGUGACCAGCAGAAUGUGUUCUUCCUUCCUGGAGUACUUGACUACAAAAACUGAGUGAAGGCGUAGAGGAGAGUCCUGUUCUGAAAGAUGGCCUCCGCUCAUGGACAAACUGGAACGAACACGGCGUUUGCUGUCUGUCGGACGUUGAAGCCGGCAGCCAUCACCCUGAUCAGUCGUUAGCCCGCUCGUGCGUUGCCCCGAUGCCUUUAUUUAAAUUAUUGCUCGUAUUGCAUCACUCCCGCUGUGGACGUUCUCCUACAUGUUCUGUGGAUCGUCCGUGGUGGACUUGUCCUCUGCGUCCUCCUUCUCUCUCUUGCUGGCGUUGCUUCCUGCUGCUGCUGGCAGACACCGGAACAUUCCACGGAAAAGUCAUUACGUUGUAAUCUCUCCUCUAUGGCUAUGAUAAUACAGCUUGAUCAAGAGUAAGACCUUCAUUGAUUUCUCAUUGAUGCGUGACCUUAGGGUGCGUCGCAGUGGCAAACAUUUCUAUGUUAUCUAUUUUCAAUCACACCCAAUCACAAGGCGCCGAGGGCAGCUGAGGGCAGUCCCUUCGUAUGUCACGUAUUCCUCUUCAAGUGGUUAAGGUUGCUGGUCUAUGGAAGACAGAAAGACCUCAUUUCAGUCUGAAGAUGUUCAAAGUUUCUCGCCAUCUUGACUUUCUUUCAACAUGUAGGGAAGACUUAGGAUGGAUGGAUGGAUUAAUGGAUGGAUGGAUCUGUAUGCAUGGAAGAAGGACCCUGUCUUACAUGCAGAGGCUUCCAUCCAUUCAUCUUCCACUUAUCUGAAGGGGCAGGGUCGAAGGGGCAGCAGCCUAAGCAGGAAUCCAAACUUCCUGUCUCUGGCCAAUACCUGUUGGACUCGCCCUGAACAUCUCCCCAGGUAGAUGUCCAGGAGCCAUCCGGACCAGAUCCCCGAGCCACCUCAUCUGGCUCCUCUCAAUGUGAAGGAGCCACGGUUCCAGGUACCAGGUACCAGGUUCUGGUGUACAUCUACACCAGACGCUGCUAGAAACUGGUCCACUACAUGGGCUGCCUUUCUGGAGUUGGUGGACCUAGUCUUCAUGCAAGAAAUGAGAAUUAGGACGCUGUUAACCCUUACGCUAACCUGAACCCCCAAACCCUAGCUCCAGUCCUAAAUACUAAAGCCUUAAUCACAACCACAUGAACCUUUAUUGUAAGAACUAACCCAAACCUUUAACCUCACCUUAACCUGGAACCACUAAACCACCAAACCCUAACGCUAGUCCUAGUCACAAAACCCCAACCCAACCAAUGAAAUCUAACCCCAAACAAUACCAAUUGCCCUAACACAAACCCUAACCCAUAAACCUACAAACCCCAAACCAUAAUCCUAGUCCUAACCCCCAAAUCCCAAAUGCCAGCUCUAAUCCCCAAACUAGGAUUCUUUCUUUUACCAUGACGCAGUAGUCCCGGUUUGAAGGGCGUAACCCUUCCUGGCAGAAACCUCAAUACGCACUAAGACCAAAGGAGGACCGAAGGAAGACUGCCGGAGACGCUGAUGUUAAAAACCGAUGACGCUGAUGAAAAGGAUUAAUCCAGCCUGUGAGGCUUCAGUCCUUUUCUUGAGGGACUCAUGACCGAGCCGCGAUAUAUCAGUCUCCAGUCAAAGUCCACAAACUGCGAGCCUGACACUCCAUUUGUGCGAUUUGGCCAUGCGGCGCAAACAGUCGGAAUUAUGGGAGUUAAAGGAGAAACCUAAACAGUCCGACAUUACAGUUCAUUGUCUCUCCCUGAAUGCAAGUCUAUUUGAGAAGCAGAGGACAAUGUCUCAUUCCGGUUGUCUCCCGCUGGAGCGUAAAGGUGAACAGCUCCAUACCUGAGCGUCCAUUGUGCAGCGUCGACUUAGCUGCUGGAGGCCAUGAAUAUUAUCGAUCUUCUGUGUGCUGCGAGUCGCUCUCAUCUGUCAUCGUUCUGUCCUGAAAUGUGAGCAUUGAUUGGACUCCUCUGGGCCCGGCAGACACCAGCUGCUGAAGAUCUGUCCUUCGGUGAGCCAAAGGAAGCCAAAGUCGCCGAAAGGAGGGAACCCUCUCACGCCUUCAUCAGCCGCCCCGGUGGUCCUCAACAAAAUGCCCCCAAAUCCCCUUUGCCAGAUUUGUCCUUUCACUUUGUCGCAGCUUCCUGCAUGGUCGGGAUGGUAGGGGGCACGUACUCACCCUCAAGGAGUUUACAAUUGCACUUUUUUCAGGUCACUGCAACUACACGUUUCUGGUCAGUCAUCAGGGGUCUUGGGAAGGCGUCGAUUUCGUGGCGUUUUGUCGGGUCUCGACCUUUUGCAAAAUCUUUGUUUUUUUUCAGGUCACUUCUUUAGCACCUUUGAAGUGUAGAAAAGCUCCUUUACCCUCUGCUUGUCCUUGCUGUGCUUGUUUGGUGAAUUAAUCCAUGUAACUUGUGUUCUGUCCCACCCCCCCGCACCCGCUCCCGGGAGACACUUUGCAUGACAUCAAUGUAUUCAUGU